AGUUUGUCACUUCUGUUUAUUCCUCAGCUCUGCAGCAGCGCAGCUCGACUCUCCCCUCGGACUCACUUCACCUGAUAAUCUGGUGCCAAAGUUACCAUACACUGCUCUGACUGCCAGGUACGCUGUUUAAACCGUCCUCACAGCUUCAGGGAUUUUAUCAGGAGUUUAUUCUAAGGCUUAGAAUAAACAUUUUGACUGCGCGCGUCUCUGCUGAGAUCUCUCGACUAGGAAUUUGUGCUGCGUGAAAGUAACCUCGGUGAUCUAAUUGUGCUGCAGUGUGAGAGUUUACAGAGACCUUGUAGAGAUUGUGUUUUUAUUCACCUGCACGCUUCCUUGCUGGGAUUUAUCACUGGAGAUUCAGUGUUUUUGCUGCAGUUCUAGGCCCUGAAAGCAUCCUUUAACCCGCCUUAUCUCACUGAAGCAAACAGCUCAGUCUCAAAGAGUCCAUCAUCUGGAGAAGUCUGCAGGAGGACUACAGAUCCGGGGCUGCUGCGCCUGAUUUUGGUUAGGGGGAAUCAUCAAAUUUGAAUUAUCUAUCGAGCUGAACACACAGAAGUCUGGGUUCAUGCCGGAUUUCGAGCAUUUCAGAUUUUCCUACUCGAGCAUGAAUCCGGUCCUGGGGGAGAGCGGUUUUCUGGCCCCUCAGCAGCACCACCAGAUGACAGGCCAGACCGACUCCGUCAUCCCGGAACCCGGCUACUUCCUGGGGGAUCACGGCGGGUUCGGGCCGGAUGGAUUGUCGGGACUGGAUCUGGGCUCCCUCCCACCUUCAGGCCUCGCGUACCUGCACCUGAACGCACCCCUGCACCGCGUCCCCCCUGCGGCCACGGCGCUGCGUAACGACCUGGGAUCCAACAUCAGCGUCCUGAAGACCCUGAACCUGCGCUUCCGGUGCUUCUUAGCCAAAGUGCACGAGCUGGAGCGCAGGAACAAGGUGCUGGAGAAGCAGCUGCAGCAGGCUCUGGAAGACAACUGUGGAGGGGAGGGACACCAGAAGCCGCAGACCAAAGAUAUGGGGGUCCAGACUGGAUUUAUUGGGCCUAUCCCUCCCAGACCAGGCCUCAUCCCGCUCCAUAACGCCAACAACUCAGCCUACCUGCCUGGAGGCCUCCUCUCUCCCACCCUGAACCCUCCUCCUCCUCUCUAUGACAACAAAUACCUGAACCCCAUGACAGACUCCAACUCCAACCUCACCUCUUUGGGGUUCUCCAUCAGCCCGGCUUUGAGUCCAACAGACCCGACUAAAACCAUCACCAACAUCAACGAGAAGUUCUCCUCCAACAUUGGGACCAACACCAACACCCCUCCUCCGCCCCCACGCUUCCUACCUGGUACCAUUUGGUCCUUCAACCACACCCGCAGGUUUGGCACUGGGAAGGAGUCGUGCGUCACGGGCCCAGGGGUCUCCUGGACGCACCCGGAUGGAGUCGGGGUGCAGAUCGACACCAUCACACCUGAGAUCCGGGCUCUGUACAACGUGCUGGCGAAGGUGAAGAGGGAGCGGGACGAGUACAAGAGGAGAUGGGAGGAGGAGUACACGGCCAGAAUGGACCUGCAGGAGAAAGUGGCCGAGCUGGAGGAGGACCUCCAGGAGAGCGAGGUGUGUCAGGAUGAGCUGGCUCUGAGAGUGAAGCAGCUGAAGGCCGAGCUGGUGCUCUUUAAAGGACUCGUCAGCAACAACCUGUCAGACCUGGACAGUAAGAUCCAGGAGAAGGCCAUGAAGGUGGACAUGGACAUCUGCCGCCGCAUCGACAUCACGGCCCGCCUCUGCGACGUGGCCCAGCAGAGGAACUGCGAGGACAUGAUCCACAUGUUCCAGGUGGCCACACCCCCUUCCACUCUGAGCGGCCGCACCAGGAAGCAGAGCGGGCAGUCGGCGAAGGGGGACGGAGAUGAACUGAGCAUGUCUGAGAGCGAAGGAGGCGGGGCUAAAGAGGAGGAGUCGUGCAGCACGUCGGCCAAUCAGAUCAACGAGCAGAUGCAGAGGAUGCUGAAUCACCUGAGGGAGUGUGAGUUUGAGGACGACUGUGACAGUCUGGCCUGGGAGGAAACAGAAGAAACUCUUCUGCUGUGGGAGGAUUUUCCAGGAUACCCACUGGGAGUGGAGACACAGGGAGAGCUGCAGCAGCAGGAGGAGUCCAUCGAGGAGGUGAUUAAAGACACAGAGUGUCUGUUCAAGACCAGAGAGAAGGAGUACCAGGAGACCAUCGACCAGAUCGAGCUGGAGCUGGCCACAGCAAAGAGCGACAUGAACCGUCACCUGCAUGAGUACAUGGAGAUGUGCUCCAUGAAGAGGGGGCUGGACGUGCAGAUGGAGACGUGCAGGAGGCUCAUCACGCAGAGCGGCGACAGGAAGUCCACCUCUCUCAUCACGCUGACCGUGGACGACUCCGACAGCGAGGAGAAGGAGAGGAGGAAACCGGCGCUCCCUGCUGACUCUGAUAGCAGAGAGACGUACCGUGACGCCAACGCCGCCAUCCCCCCGUUCACCUGGAGGAAACCCUAACACACACUUCCACACACACAUGCUGGUACUUCACCCUCCACCUGUAGAACAAAAAAUAAGACGUCUGUAGAUGAAUCAGAGUCAAUGAUAGUCUUCAUCAAAUAUUCUUCUUUUCUUGCAAAGCUUUAAGAGCCUCAGAAGGUUUAAAUCUUCCCCUGUUGAGUCAACACUGCCCUCUGGUGGUCUUUAGCUGCAACUGCACCUCAGUGAAGGUCAAACAGAGAAAAAAGCACUGACAAAAAACUACUUCCUGUUUUUAUUUUGCACACUGACCUUCCUGUUUAAUGCAGGAUUUGAUAAUUUGCACAUAUUCUGUUAUAUUAACCUCUCAGCUGCAGGUUCACACCCGAGCUCAGAGAGGCAGACACGCACAAAGAAAGAGUUUGCACAUGAACUGUUCAGAUGUAACAGUUUAACGUCUUCUUUUUAGCUUAUUUUAUUCUGUAACUUGUUACCCUGCAGUUUGCAGCAGCUUCAAUUUAAAGUUGAGAUCUUUAAACACAAUUUAAAGUAAAGAUUUACAACCAUCAAAGCCCAGCUUGCCUUAAGAAGAAAUCAAACACACACCAGUUUGAAGAGCAGUUCAUUGAAUGCAUCUUCACCUGUUACAUUUCCUUGCUUCCUCUUUGCCCUUCAAAAUAAAAGAACCUGCAAAAAUAAGCAAACCACAGAUGGACGGCUGCAGCUUGAUUUUAAUGAUUGAUCAUAAAAGCAGUGCUAAUAGUUUUCCAGAGCCCGAGCCUUCUCUUAUAUAUUCUGUCAGAAGUCAAAGAUGUAACGUUUCCCACCACAGAAGAUAAAGAGGAGCGGGAACGUGUGAAGAAUAAAGCAUGUUGGCUUCAAAUCAGCGUUUCAUCAUCAAAACUACUAUAAAGGAAAUUUUGCAGGUUUUUAAUUCUUCAUGUAAAGAAUCUCAGAGCUGUUUUAUUUUGUUACUCUUAAGAAUAACAGGGAUGUGAAGGAGCCUCUGAAGUCCUCCAGAGAUCAUCAUUCUUAUCUUGUGUCCCAACAAACUUUAUCCUCAGACUCUUUCCAAACAGAGCCGGUCUAGACCGUACUCUAUAUUCUAUUAUUAACAAAGACCCAACAUCAAGACCAGGAUCAGAUCCAGUCCCAUCUUACAGACAGGACUCAGUCUGAUCUCAUCUUAAUCCACCAUGAGCAGAGCACUUUGCAGCAUUUAGCAAGUUACAGUGGCAAGGACAAACUUCCUUUAACAGGCAGAAACCUCCAGCAGGACCAGACUCAUGUUAGACACACAUCUGCUGAGACCAUGUUGGAGAGAGGGAUAGAGGGAGAUGAAGAGAGAGAGUGAGAUGAUACUGGGGAGACGGAUAGUAGUAGUUGUAGCAGCUGGAGUCUGGCACGUCCACAGCAGCAGAGAUCCAGAGGAACCUACGGGACAAGGGAGCUCAGGGACUCCAGAAAGGUCUAAGAAAAGAGAGAAGAGAGGGAGACCAGAAGAAAGGAAAAGAGGAGAAUAAAUGGUGAAAGAAUGACAGAAGGAAAGGACGGGAUACGAAAAGGAGACAAAGAAGGAAAGAGAGAAAGAAAGAAAGACAGAAACAAAGAAAGGAUGAAUAACAGACCCCAAAAAGGGAUCUACUGCAGAAAUCCAGAGGAACCUACAAGACAAGGGAGCUCAGGGACUCCAGAAAGGUCUAUGGUUAGUAACUUUAAUGGGACAGGAAGAGUUAAAGGGAAAGACAGGAUCCCAGUGUGUCAGUCUAAGCCUAUAGCAGCAUAACUAAGACCUGGUCCAAGCCUGAUCCAGCUCUAACUAUAAGCUUUAUCAAAAAGGAAAGUUUGAAGCCUACUCUUAAAAGUAGAGAGGGUGUCUGCCUCCCGGACCCUGAAUGGUACAUGAUUCCAAAGGAGAGGGGCCUGAUAACUGAAGGCUCUACCUCCCAUACUACUUUUAGAUACUUCAGGUACGAUGAGCAGGCCUGCAUGCUGGGAGUGUAGUGUUCUAGAGGGGUAAUAGGGGGUACAACGACCAAUGUCCCCCAACCCCCAAAGGAUGGAUGUGCAGCACAAGACAAAAAUGAUCACCUUAUGGGACUCCUGCGGCCUCGUAGCCACUGAAAAAUAAAAUGUGUAUAAAGCUUAUAUUCUGUGAUAAUGGCAUUUCUAUCCCUUCUUCCAUCUCUUCUGUAGAUAUUCGUUUAAAAGAAGUUGAGCCUGAUUCUAAAAAAAAGAUGGCAGCAACACAACAGAGACGAGGGGCUCCUUUAUUUUGAAGAAGUAUAAAUCCUAUUUUAAGAGAGCUUUAUUCUGAAACCUGUACAGUUUGUAAAGGCUGAAUAUUGUAUUUAAUGUACAUAACAAGGCUGUGAUAACGCUGUACCAUCCAUGCUCCUGUGAGUCAAGCUGAGAACAAUGCUACAUGAUUCCUAUUUCAUGCUGUCUGUUUAGUUGUAGCUUCGUAAAGGCUUCCGGGGUCAAAGGUCGUCCUCCUGUGGAUGAAAGCAGAGAUUUAAAGUGUAAAUAAGACGGAGAGAGUUGUUUUUUUUAUUUAGUGUGUGUAGGUUUUCUCUCUUUGUUGACAUGCUACGGUGAUUGUUUCUCACAGUUCAUGUCUUCAAACACAUCUUUAUAUAAAUGAAUGUCUGCUUAAUCAAUAACCCGUCGUAUCAUCACAAGAACCGCUUCUUUAGAGGAACGCUUUGAGUCCUGAAGUCUACGUCUCUGAGCGGAUUCAAACUCUUAAAAACGCCUCUUUCCAUGAUUCAUAAUCGUUCCUACAGUCCGCUCAGAGAGGAGGCGGAGUCAAGUCCUUCCUUUAAUGUCAUGAAGAAACAAAACAACUGCAAGUGUACAAUAUAGACAAUAAUAGACCGUCAUCACUCCGCUCAUCAAACUGUAUGCUCUACUGGAACUGUUGAGAUCUAUAUUAUCAGAAUGUAAAUAUAACCUGUGAGAGAAGAAGAAGAACUGUAAAGUGACUGAAGCAGAAUAAAGACGAUGAAAGAG